AUGGCGCCGCUGAGCCAGAGGAGCAGCGUGGCGCCGAUGUCGCGCGCGCGCAUGUCGGUCGCGCCCGGCGGCUCGAAUGCGCGUCUCGCCGCAAAGCAGGCGGAGCUGCAGGCCCUCCAGCACUUGCGGAGCGAAUCGGCGAACCUUGCCCACGAAAUGGCGCAGCUCGGCGACCGCGUGGAUACCCUCGUCGCCGGUGGAAGCACCGUCUCCUCGGUCAUGGCGAGCUGGCAAGGCGUAUUCCGUGCGAUUCAGAUCGCGCAAGCGACGAUCCACGUCUCGCGCGACGCGUCCGAACAAGAUACCGAGUCGCCCGAUGCGCGGCAAGUGCCGGACGCGCUUGUGCGUAUUCCCAUCCAGCAGAGUGAACAGACGCAGUAG